UUGGGUACUACUUGACUGCUAUUAGAAUACUACUAGAAUAAUACUAUAUCUAACUGACAGGAAACAGUCCACCUAUAUCAAUGGGUUGUUUUCUUCCCUUCAUGCUUUAGACUGUGGAAUACCGCAGGGCAGCUUCCUUGGGCCACUUCUUUACUUAAUAUAUACCAGCGACAAAUUCUUAUCUGAAACUCAAGCUACCAUAUAUUUUGGUGGUAUUUUUUUAAUUUAACAUUUAUUUAACUAGUCAAGUCAGUUAAGCCCUGUCCCUCCAUCCCCGUCCUUUGGUCCUCAGCGGCCCCCCAGUGGCGAGGAGGCAGGACCCAGUAAUAUGGUGACAAAACCCGCCCAGCUAUUAAUGGAGGAGCUGAUAGAAGAAGAAGUGGCCUUCCUCAGAGACGGCAGCCCAGCAGACACCCACAGUGGAGUACAGGAGGGGCUAGGAGCCACGGAGGGUCAGAGUGAAGCGACCCCCAGCACCAGUGGAGGGGAGGCAGGGAGUUCCACAAAGCAAGGGGCUCGUUUGUUGUACCCCAAACCAUCAACCUCAGGCCUGUCUAAGAGAGAGUGGCUGGAAAGGCAGAAAGCAGAGCUGAACACAUACAAGCGCAGCAGAAAUCUGAGAGACAGACCAAGAAUCACUUACACAGAGGAGGAGGUCCCCAAAGAUGAUCACUACCUCUUCUUUCUCUGUCUCUCCCCCUCUCUUCUCAGGUAUGUGAACUGUGCUCGUGGUGAAGAAGAGCAGAAUCUGGUGUCCUUCCAGUACAGAGGAGGGAUUCUGUACCGCUGCUGUAAGCCCAUAGCUGUUGGAGAGGAGCUGUUGGUUUGGUACGGAGAGGAGUACGCCAGAGACCUGGGCAUUGUCUUCGACUACCUCUGGGACAAAAAGAGCUCUGCUAAAGAUGUGAACGCUGAGUCGUCCCAGGUCCAGAUCUUCUCGUGCUCUGGCUGUCCGUUCUCCUUCACCUCUCAGAUCUUCCUCCACAAGCACAUAAAGAGAAGUCACCAUGAUGAGUAUGUCAGACUGUUGAGGAGUGGAGAGAUCAGAUCAGAGAAUCUCAUGUCCUCCAGCAACUCAACACAGCACCAUGGAACCACCUCAAGUUCCUCCAACCCAGCUCCCACCAGGAAACAGAGCAAGAUGGACAAGCCACGAUCAAACCACUGCUCUCAGUGUGGGAAGAGUUUCACUAGAGGGGAUAGUCUCAGAACACACCAGCUCACUCACACAGGAGAGAAGCUGUUCCACUGCUCCUAGUAUGGGAAGAGUUUCACUACAGGUGGUAAUCUCAGACACACCAGCUCACUCACACAGGAGAGAAGCUGUUCCACUGCUCCUAGUGUGGGAAGAGUUUCACUACAGGGGGUAAUCUCAGACACACCAGCUCACUCACACAGGAGAGAAGCUGUUCCACUGCUCCUUGUGUGGGAAGAGUUUCACUACAGGGGGUAAUCUCAGACACACCAGCUCACUCACACAGGAGAGAAGCUGUUCCACUGCUCCUAGUGUGGGAAGAGUUUCACUACAGGGGGUAAUCUCAGACACACCAGCUCACUCACACAGGAGAGAAGCUGUUCCACUGCUCCUAGUGUGGGAAGAGUUUCACUACAGGGGGUAAUCUCAGACACACCAGCUCACUCACACAGGAGAGAAGCUGUUCCACUGCUCCUUGUGUGGGAAGAGUUUCACUAGUGGGGGUAAUCUCAGAAGACACCAGCUCACUCACACAGGAGAGAAGCCGUUUCACUGCUCUCAGUGUGGGAAGAGUUUCAGUCAGUCAGGACAUCUAAAGGGACACCAGUGUUGUAAAAAGAGUAAAGAAGUGGAACUUUAGAUUCUCUUGACAUUGGGACAGUGAUUUAAUAGAAGUGUAAAUGUUCCAUCAUGAAACAUGCGUCUUUAUAUAGACACUGUUGAACUAUUCUGUUCUAAAAGUCCUGUAUUAUUUGACACACAUACAUGUACUAAUCAUAUUGUAAAGCAGUGGUGUCCAAGGCAUUCCUAGUCAAUCGCCAAACAUUUCUAUU